AUGGCAGACAUAGCAAAAUACGCACCCAUUAACGGCGGCUUUUUGUUCUCAGACUUCAAAACCCACUUCUCAAUCCUCAGAGCCAAAAGAACUGUAACCGUUGCCUACGCUUUCGUCUUCGUCUUCAUAGCCUUCACCAUUUUCCUCGCCUUCACCCCUUCUUCAAACUCCUCUUCUCCCUGGUUCACAAACAUAUUUAACCUCAGCACCUCGAGGAGUAGCGGUAUUCCAAUUUCUACCCCUUCCGACGAGUCCUACAGAUCUCAUUUUUCUUCAAUUUAUAAUUAUUUUUUCCCAAAUUCGUCGUCCAGUGCGCCAACCCCGAGCGCCGCUGGGUCGCAAAACACUACUUUUUCUCGGCCCAGUUCGGAUAAUAAGCCUAAUGUAGUGAAAAACCAGACAAAGGCAGAAGCUUUAACCCAUAAAGAGAAGCCAAAUAACACCUCGAUUUCGGACAUGAAACCCUCUUUGAAUCAAGCUGUGAAGAACAGCACAAACCCAUCAACGGAGUUAAAUCAGUCUCAAAAUAUGAGACAGGGCGAAAAAUCUCGUGAUAAAGCUGAAGUCUUGAAGUCAAAUUCAAGCAUUAUUGCAAAUGGGGAAAAGGGUAUUGUGGUCAAGAAUGUAACUUCUUCUUCUCCGCAGAGAAAGCAUGAUAAUGGCACGAAUUCGGGUGUGCCCAAAAAGGGAAUUGAUGAUCUGAUUGAGUCUCUGAUGAAGUGUGAUCUGUUUGAUGGGAAUUGGGUGAAGGAUGAAUCUUAUCCACUGUACAAACCUGGUUCUUGUUCUCUGAUUGACGAGCAGUUUGAUUGUUUCCUUAAUGGUAGGCCUGAUCAUGGCUAUUACAAACAGAAAUGGAAGCCAAAGGGUUGCACUCUCCCAAGGUUAGAUGGAGCUCAUAUGCUGGAGUUGCUGAGAGGAAAGAGAUUAGUUUUUGUGGGGGAUUCUUUAAAUAGAAAUAUGUGGGAAUCUCUUGUUUGCAUCCUGAGAAACUCUGUAAAAGAUAAGAAGAAAGUCUAUGAAGAAAAUGGUCGGCAACAUUUUCGUGGAGAAGCUUCUUAUUCCUUUGUCUUUGAAGACUAUAAAUGCACGGUGGAAUUUUUCGCAACUCCGUUUUUGGUUCAAGAGUGGGAAGUGACUGGGAAAGAUGGGACAAAAAAGGAAACUUUGAGACUCGAUUUAAUCAGCCAUUCGGCUGAUAGAUAUAAGAAUGCAGACUUCAUCGUGUUCAAUACCGGGCAUUGGUGGACUCAUGAGAAGACUUCUUUAGGGAAGGAUUAUUAUCAAGAGGGCAGCCAUGUGUACAGAGAGUUGAAUGUUCUGGAGGCUUUCCGGAAAGCCACCACAACGUGGGCUCUAUGGGUAGAUGCCAAUGUGAAUCCUCAUACGUCUCUCGUCUUCUUUAGAGGCUAUUCUGCUUCUCAUUUCAGUGGUGGACAAUGGAAUUCGGGUGGCGCAUGUGAUCACGAAUCGGAGCCCAUAAAAAACGAGACAUAUCUCGCAUCAUAUCCCCCCAAGAUGACCGUAUUGGAAAAAGUUAUAAAAAAUAUGAAAACCCAUGUGACCUAUUUAAACGUCACGCGAAUGACCGACUACCGAAAAGACGGUCACCCCUCGAUUUAUCGUAAACAGCAUUUGACCGAUGUUGAAAGAAGGUCACCUUUGAGUUUUCAGGACUGUAGCCAUUGGUGCCUACCUGGCGUGCCCGAUGCAUGGAAUGAAAUCCUAUACGCGGAGAUGUUGGUGAGAUUGAACAAGAAGCAACAAGAGAAAAAAUCUUAG